AUGGAGAAGAGCCACCAAGAAAACAUGGAGAGGAUGCGCAAGGUCCUGCUGCAGUACAAGCUGGCUGAACUAAAGCAGAUGGAAGCAGGAUCUGCCAUCAAAGCUGCCGCUGCAGCUGCAUCCUCGGAAGCAGCCUCCUCUCCGCAGCCUGAAAACCGGAGCAUGAGCAGUUCGCCCCGCUGGAGCCAGGAGAGAGAGAAGCAGUUCCUGAAGCUGCUGAGGCAUGUGGUGAGUGUGGGAGAUCCGGAGAAGAAGUACGCCAGGUGGAAACGUAUUGGCAGUGGGGGUUUUGGCACUGUUUAUAAGGCCUUCAACGCUGCCACAGGACAAGCGGUGGCCGUAAAGCAACUUAAUCUCCAGCACCAGGGCUGUGAGGAAGUGUUAAAGGAAAUCCUGGUCAUGCGAAAAAAUAAGAACCCCAAUAUUGUCACCUACUUUGAAAGCUACCUUGUCAAUGAGGCUGUCCUGCUGGUGUUGGAAUAUAUGGAUGGAGGCUCCUUAGCUGAUGUGGUCUGCAUGAGAAGGAUGGCUGUAGGACACAUAGCAACAGUGUGUCGGGAGGUGAUCCACAGAGACAUCAAAAGUGACAACAUCCUUCUGGGCCGGGAUGGCUCCGUCAACCCUGAGCAGAGUAAACGGAAGUCGAUGGUCGGGACCCCCUGCUGGAUGGCACCCGAGGUGGUGAGAGGAGAGCCAUACGGCCCCAAAGUGGACACCUGGUCCCUUGGCAUCGUGGGAAUAGAAAUGGCCAAAGGAGAGGCUCCUUAUAUUCGGGAAACCAGUGACAGGGCUAAUUACCUGAUAGCCAAGCGAGGGGUGCCAAAUCUGCACAAGCUCAGGCUACCCCCUGGCUUGUGUGAAUUUCUGGGCUGCUGCCUGCAGAUGGAUGCGGACAGGCGAGGCUCUGCCAAGGAACUUCUGCAGGAGCCGGAAGGGCAGCGUUUGGAGGCACAGCAGCGGCUGGCACAAGGGGCAAACUUCCUUGCAGAGGUACAGAAGGAGCAGGAGAAGAGGCUGCUAGAGAUGAAGCAGGAAGUUGCCAGCAUGCAAGCUGUACAGGAAGAGAUCGCCUUAGACGUGGAAGGAAUCAAGUGCACGGUUCGCUGGAAGGAGUUGGCUGCAUUUGAGAGAAAGCACCACUCCUCCCUAGAGAGGGCGUCUGCAGUGGCGGCACAGACAGAGGAGGUAUGGCAGCCUCAGAGGGAUCUGCUGAAGGAAGAGCUUCCUCUGGCAGUGCCAAAGGUUUGUCGCCGACAGCGGCCAGCCCGCAGGGGUCUGGAGAAGCUGCUCCAGGAAUUCUCUCGCCAAGGGCACACACUGUCCCAGGUGUGCAGAGAGAAGGCGGUGCUGGCGCAAGAGAACGCUGCCCUGGAAGCCCGACUGGCAGCCACGGAGCGGGACCUACGAGGCCUUUCAGAGCAGCUGGCAGAGGCCAGGUCAGAGAAGGAGAGCCUGCAAAGCAGCCUGCUGGAGGCUCAGCAGCACAUAUCGGAGCUGGAGAUCGCCAGGAGCCGUGUGCAAGCCCAAGUGCGCGCAGCCACGCAGGCCAAGGAGGCGAUACUCGGUGAGAGCCUCGUGCGCUUUGUUUCUGCUGGUGGCCCUGCCCUGUGCAGUUGCUCCCAAGCCAGCUCUGUCCGCAGGGCUUCUGUGGAGUGA